AACUUUGACACCACGGAUCAUAGAAACAAUGAGAAAAAACGUUUAGAUGUCUGCUCAUUUAUACUUCAGUAAUUUCACAUUUUCCUAUAGCAAGAAAACCCUCAGGUAGCAUAAGUAAAGGUGAACGACUUCCAGCAAAGAUGAUGCAGAACAUGUUUCAGGAGGGGCUGUACCAUGUUUUUUUCAAGGAGAAACCUCCACCCGGUCCCACCCCCCAGACCACCAACGCCAGCAGUGAGGAGCUGACAAACGUGAGGAUUCAUCGCUGGUUUGGGAGUGUGGUUAACACAAGACUUUUACUCACUGGGGUGAUUCAGGUCCUCAGCGCCUUGGCGAGCAUCCUGACCACGGUGAGCCACGCGUGUGUGAGGUACAACUGCUCGUUCGCCAUGGUGACGCCGGUGUGGCCGAGCUUAUCCUACCUGGCUGCCGGGUGCCUGGCCAUGGAGGUUCAGAGGAAAGCGAGUAACAUAAAGAUCGUCGUUCUCAUGGCGCUGAACGUUUUCAGCCUGCUUUUUGGAUUUGCCGCUCUGCUGGCCAACGGUCUUGCGUCGGUGCAACCUGCAGCCCUGAGCUCAUUCCAGCAGCGGGCUGGUGCUCAUGUUGCAAAGGUGAGCUACAUAGGGUUCACCUGCCUGUGUUUCCUGGGCACGUCCUACAUACUGUUCCUGUGCUGGAGAGGCCUGCGCCGCUACAGUUCUCGCAACAUCAAGGCCUACACCAGCGUCUCACAGGGAGAGGACACGAACGCUCUCCUGGAGGAACAAGAAGACCUGAAUCUGUAAAACUCACUGGAAUUGAUUAUCUUCAGAUAUAUUUUAUGUGAAUGUCAUUUGUAUACUAAGUUAUUGUUGCUAGCAAGGCACUGUAAAAAAUUUGGAUGUGAAAAGAAUAAAAUAAAAUCACCAGAAUGAAGCGUUUACAAUAAACAUAACUUAAAAGCUUCAGAAAAAGGGGAUCUCAAAUAAUAAAUUGGUUAUUAAAUUGAACUUUUAUGCUGAUUUUAUGCUAAAAUGUCCAUGUUUAACCAUUUAGGAUGGACAAGGGGGAAGUGUUUUCUUUCUUUCUUUUUCCCACACGUUGCGCAGCGAUGACCGCUAGAGGGCAGCAUUGUUAAUGUUUAAAGCCAGAGACCCAGAUUCAAUCCAAUACCGUAAAAUUGGACUUUUACUUUAAAACCUUGAACUAAAUUCACAUGUAAGAAGGAAAACAAUGAAUAAACAAUGAUUUAAACAAAAUCUAAAAAAGAAAAGUGGUGUAAAUAUCCCCAUUCAGAUCUAAAACAAAUAUUUCUCUAGAUUUAAACUAAAUGGGGGCUUAUUCAGGCUUAUUCUCAGUGUUUCUGGCAUCUACAGCUACGGUACAUCAGAGUGGGUUGCAGAUGUAGGGAAGGGUGUGGUGUGCUUGAGCAUUUUGGUGAUGCGGGGGAUUUCAUUAAGAACACAUUACAAGGUCACAGACCAUUCAUGUAGCAAGUAUGCACACCCACCCACUCACUCACUCACACACACACGCACACACACAUACAGAGUAAUACGCACAAACUUAUAUGAGUGAAAAAAGUCAGAGUGCAGCUACUUUCUCACGACAUGUCUGACUAACAGCUUCCAGCUGUUGCGUGGUCGGGAGAGCUGCAAUGGGAACCCGCUGAAUACAAAGAGAAAGAUGGGAUUAAUGCAUACAUGGACACCGAAAUGUGGUACAAACCAAAGCAGGAAGGAAAGCACAUGUGCAAAAGCCUUCAUGUGCCCCUUAAAGGCGAGGCAAGUUUAUUUGUGUAGCACAUUUCAGUAACAAAGCAAUUCAAAGUGCUGUAGAUGAACAGAGCAUAAAAGAAAACAGGCAGAAGAAAAGCACAUUGCAGUAGGUCAAGAUAGGUUGGACUACAAACUUAAUCUAAUAAAAUUUAAUUAACUACCACCGUUUGAAUUGAACCUUAAUUUUUAAAGGCAACUCUAAGCAAAUAGGUUUUCCACCUUGAUUUAGACGAUUUCAGAGUUUCAGCACUUUUACUGGGAGUUUGUUCCAGAUAAGUGGAGCGUAGGAACUAAAUGCUGCUU